GAGCUCGAUGCGCAGUGGACGACCCCAGAUGUCGUCUGCUUCGGCGCAGCCGUUAGCGCCUGCGAGAAGGCCGACCGCUGGCCAGAAGCCCUGGCGCUCAUCGACGACAUGCACCAUCGACUCCUGCAGGCCAACCUCGUGAUCUACAAUGCCGCCAUCUCUCUCUGGGUGGAGGCCUUGUGUCUCCUUCGCCACCUGCGUCGACGUCUCCUCCCCCCCGACGUCAUCACCCAGUCUGCCGCCCUGUCAGCCUGUGAGAAGGCCAUCCAGUGGAAGCGCGGUCUCGGACUGCUCAGCGCCUUUCCAAGGGCACGGCUGCUUCCAAACAUCGUGAGCUUCUCUGCGGCGAUCAGCACCUGCGAGAAGAAG